AUGUCAAGGUCGUCGGAGGUGGGGAGGCAGAAGUCGUCGAAGGAGAAAUCGAAAUCAAGGCCCUCGAGGACCCCGCCGCCGGCGAUCAGGAGGUUCUCGUCGAAGAAGUCGGCGUCGAGGGGCGGGUUGUGGAGGCAGGGGUCGAAUUCUCCGGUGGGGCACGGCGGAGAGUGGGGAGGCGGCUGUGGAUCGACGGCGACGGCCGCCGGCUCAGCCAUUUUGUUCACAGCUUUUUUGUGGGAAUCGUUGUGCAGAGGACGUUUGGGCUUUUUGAAUGGAGAAUUUUUUAUCUUCACGGGUUUUUUGAAGGGGAAAACUGAGAAGAGACUCAGGAAGAAGAGUAAAUAA